GGGGGGUGAGAAGAAUCUCUACAUGUAUUGUCAUGCCUGUUUGAUCCCCUUAAUUAUUUUCCUGGGUCCCUGGUCAUAGAUAGUUAAAUCCUUUGAUAUUUUUUCAUCCCGGAGACCCGGUGAUUUUUACAGCCCCAGCUGUAUCAGCUUACUGCAAAUUGGCACCUCUUUAUCAGCAAGAGGGGCCUGGUUCCAUCAAGGCCGUAAAAACUCCUACGGCUUGUUAUGGGAAACCAGGAGGGACGGGGCCUGGUACUGUGGGAACAUCGUUUCAUCAUUCCUGUGCUGGAACUGCUAAAUUAGUUGAUUGCUCCCAGCUGAGGCAAGGAUUUUUCUCUAUAAGAGAAGGCCUCAGCUCUUGGGCUGUGUUCCACUUGUGGGCACCACCUUGCUUAUGGUGAUGCUCUGCGGUGGCUCCACUAUACUUCCUGACUGGCCGUCCCUGAGGGGAAGGACACUAACUCCUGAGACAGAGCUGAGGCUUGUAAGUACAAUUGAGGCAGUUAGUUUUAUUAUUUUCAUUUUUGUGCCAAGAACCUUUAUAUCUUGUUUGUUAUAUACCUUGCCCCUUUUGGGUGUUGGUUUUAGGAUUUGAUUUGCUGCUCCAAAUUAAUUGUAUGUACCUUUUUAUCUUUUGUACCCUUUACCCCUUUUCUUAUUUUCUUUUUUUUUUAAUAAACUUUACUUAUUUUAAAGCAACGUGUGUUUAUUCCAGAGAAGGGGUUCAGUUACUAAGUUCAGUCCUGGCUGCUUGACCAAACUACCGUGUACUAGAGGAACAUUUUCACUUAAGACUUCUGAAGGGGCCAGGAGGGUAUUGAGCCUCUGGUCCUGAGAAGCUUGGGUGUUCAGUGGGCUCUGGGGGUCCCUUCACCCCAGAGUGUUUAACCAAUAGAAGGGUGGUGGCAGUACUACCGUGCAGGGUUGGUGUAAGCAUACACAGCCCUAGCAGACCAGGUUGCUAGGAUCAAUUGCCCAAGGUUGGGGAUUGAUUCCUGGGACAGUAAAAGUAGGAGGAGGGGAACUCCCUGCUUUCACUACAUGUUGGCAGCGUUUGGGGUCGAAAAAGACUGAACCUAUCUCUGGUUAAACAUAGUUGUGGAAAAGGUACAAUUGGAUAAAUUACAAUUAUUAAAGAUUCUGGCACAAAGGUUUGUUGUUUUUGGAAAGUCAGGAUGGAUACAAGAUCUAAACAAAAGAAGGCAUUAGAUCAGGUUUCCACUGAGAGUAGUGAUGAGGAACAAACAGAGAUGUUACCUCAAGGCAAUUUUGAAGCAGCAGGAGGCAGCGCAGAGGGGCUGCCAGUCCAAAGCUUUACUCCGGAGGGAGAACGAGCACCGUCACCGGUACGGGGUCGACGGAGUAUGGAUAGCCAAGUUAGCCAGAGUGGGGGUGUGCCACCCAUGGAUAUGUGGGCAGAAAUGCACAACUUCUUCUCGAAACAGAUGGCUCUUAUGACUACCCUUGUACAACAACAACAAGCUUUUGCCCCACCAAGCCAAGGACUGAGGUCUGGCAGAGUGUGUUUGGGAGGAGCGGAUCCAGCAGAUUUUCCGUUUUAUCAAGCGGGAGAGGAUAUCUCCGAGUUUUUUUUAAUCUUUGAGCAAGCGUGUGUGGACCAGUCUUUAGACAAAAAAUACUGGAUGAAAAUUCUACGCACUCAAGGAAAGGGAGAGUUAAGAAGUCUAAUGUGUAAACUCCCGAGAGAGCUAGCUGAUGAUUAUGAAAACUUUGUAAAAUUGGCAACAGCCCAGUUUGCGCUAUCCACCAGGGCAUGUUACCAAAAGUUUGAGACUUUGACAAAAAAAUCAAAAGAGACGUUUUCAGCAUUAAGCGCUCGUACUGCUCAAGCUAUGGAUUUGUGGAUUGCAGCUGCAAAAGCUAAUACUUUUGAGCAGUUAAGGACUGUGUAUACUCUGGAGAAAUUUUACAAAAUGUUGCCAAGAGAGCUUGCCGCAGCGGUGCGAGGCAAAAAGCCAAAAAGCUUGCAAGAAGCCGGUCAUUAUGCUGAUGAACUAGAUUCCUUUCAGGACAAAGAGGAAUUGCCUAAAGCAUAUGUUAAAAAACCGGGCAAUUACAAAGGGAAUCAACCAGCGGGUGGAGGAAGUGAGUGGAAGAAAAAAACGUGGCCAUCUGUAGUUAAGUCGGAGGACAAAGGGGAGAGCUCUGUUCCUGCUGCUGUUCCCGUGCGUCCGCCAGUUUACCAACCGAGUAAAGCAGUUUUGGAGAAUUUAUGCUUUCUAUGUAAACAACCAGGGCACAGAAAGGACCAGUGUUCCCAACUGAGUAAGAAGCAGAAUGUGAGUGUCAGCAAAGGGACUAAAAUAGCGGUAGUACAGAGAGCCCGUGAUUAUGAAGAACCAGGAGGGCAGUCAUCUCCAGAAAUUUCCCGUUGGUCGUCUUCGGAUUCUAAUUCCGACCAGGACUGGGAGUUUUCAGCUCCUAGUACUGAGAAUAGUCCCAUCACCCAAAGGAAAGGAAGUAAACAGACUCCUGCGGAAAUUAAAUUCAAUCACCCAAGUGGAUCCAUACCCCUUACCCAGGAUGGACCAUCUGAUUGAAAGGUUGGGGGCUGCUAAGUUCAUCA